AUGGUCACUAUCCAGUGGUCACCAUCCAGUGGUCACUAUCCAGUGGUCACAAUCCAGUGGACACUAUCCAGUGGUCACUAUCCAGUGGUCACUAUCCAGUGGUCACUAUCCAGUGGUCACUAUCCAGUGGUCACCAUCCAGUGGACACUAUCCAGUGGUCACUAUCCAGUGGUCACAAUCCAGUGGACACUAUCCAGUGGUCACUAUCCAGUGGUCACAAUCCAGUGGACACUAUCCAGUGGUCACUAUCCAGUGGUCACUAUCCAAUGGUCACUAUCCAGUGGUCACCAUCCAGUGGUCACUAUCCAGUGGUCACUAUUCAGUGGUCACCAUCCAGUGGACACUAUCCAGUGGUCACUAUCCAGUGGUCACAAUCCAGUGGACACUAUCCAGUGGUCACUAUCCAGUGGUCACUAUCCAAUGGUCACUAUCCAGUGGUCACCAUCCAGUGGUCACUAUCCAGUGGUCACUAUUCAGUGGUCACCAUCCAGUGGACACUAUCUAGUGGCCACUAUCCAGUGGUCACCAUCCAGUGGUCACUAUCCAGUGGUCACUAUCCAGUGGUCACCAUCCAGUGGUCACCAUCCAGUGGUCACCAUCCAGUGGUCACCAUCCAGUGGUCAUCAUCCAGUGGACACUAACCAGUGGACACUAUCCAGUGGUCACUAUCCAGUGGUCACCAUCCAGUGGUCACUAUCCAGUGGUCACUAUCCAGUGGUCACUAUCCAGUGGUCAAUAUCCAGUGGUCACUAUCCAGUGGUCACCAUCCAGUGGUCACUAUCCAGUGGUCACUAUUCAGUGGUCACCAUCCAGUGGACACUAUCCAAUGGCCACUAUCCAGUGGUCACCAUCCAGUGGUCACUAUCCAGUGGUCACCAUCCAGUGGUCACCAUCCAGUGGUCACCAUCCAGUGGUCACCAUCCAGUGGUCAUCAUCCAGUGGACACUAUCCAGUGGUCACUAUCCAGUGGUCACCAUCCAGUGGUCACUAUCCAGUGGUCACUAUCCAGUGGUCACUAUCCAGUGGUCACUAUCCAGUGGUCACCAUCCAGUGGUCACCAUCCAGUGGUCACUAUCCAGUGGUCACUAUCCAGUGGUCACUAUCCAGUGGUCACCAUCCAGUGGUCACCAUCCAGUGGUCACCAUCCAGUGGUCACCAUCCAGUGGUCACUAUCCAGUGGUCACUAUCCAGUGGUCACUAUCCAGUGGUCACCAUCCAGUGGUCACUAUCCAGUGGUCACCAUCCAGUGGUCACCAUCCAGUGGUCACUAUCCAGUGGUCACUAUCCAGUGGUCACCAUCCAGUGGUCACUAUCCAGUGGUCACCAUCCAGUGGUCACCAUCCAGUGGUCACUAUCCAGUGGUCACCAUCCAGUGGUCACCAUCCAGUGGUCACCAUCCAGUGGUCACCAUCCAGUGGUCACCAUCCAGUGGUCACUAUCCAGUGGUCACUAUCCAGUGGUCACCAUCCAGUGGUCACCAUCCAGUGGUCACUAUCCAGUGGUCACCAUCCAGUGGUCACUAUCCAGUGGUCACUAUCCAGUGGUCACUAUCCAGUGUUCCUGUGCAUCAUGCCCUUAUCAGUUCCUGUGCAUCAUGCCCUCUUCCUUGGAGUGUGUGGAAGUGAAGGAGCAGAGAUGUGCUGGCUGCUGCGGGCGCUGCACGACCCCACCGGUUUUUGA